AUGUCAAAAGUACCAUCUAUCCUGAACGCCACGGAGGAGGAUAUCCAACUCCUUCUUUCGGCGACGUGUCAUAUUGGUGCCAAAAAUUUGAAUGUUCAAAUGCUUCCUUAUGUUCAUAAACGUCGACCUGAUGGAGUUCAUAUUAUUAAUGUCGGUAAAACAUGGGAAAAAUUAACUUUCGCUGCCCGAAUUAUUUGCGCUAUUGAAAAUCCUGCCGAUGUGGUUGUAAUUUCAGCACGUCCAUAUGGACAAAGAGCCGUAUUAAAAUAUGCAUCAUAUACAGGAGCACUUCCUAUCGCAGGAAGGUUCACACCUGGUACAUUUACUAAUUAUAUUACUAGAUCUUUUAAAGAACCGAGAUUAAUUAUAGUAACGGAUCCAAAAUCGGACCAACAAGCUAUAAACGAAGCAUCAUAUGUUAAUAUUCCAGUUAUUGCGUUAGCCGAUACUGAUUCACCAUUAAAAUUUGUUGAUGUAUCAAUUCCAACAAAUAAUAAGGCAAAACAUUCGAUUGGAUUAAUUUACUGGAUGUUAGCAAGAGAAGUAUUAAGACUUAGAGCUACCAUUCCACGUGAAAUACCAUGGUCCGUUAUGGUUGAUAUGUUCUUUUAUAGAGAUCCUGAAGAGGCUGAAAAAGAUGCUGAAACGGCCGUAACUACUACUGCCGCUCCUGAAAAAGGGUUUUCUAGUUUUGAACCUGGUAAUUGGGAUGAAGGUGCUACAGAUUGGGGUGCUGAAGGUCCUGGUGCUGUUAGUGGCAUUAAUCCUGCUUUAGCUGCUACCGCUAAAGAUGUAGGUGGAAGUAGUUGGGAUACUCCCAUGGAACCUGCACCUCCUGCACCUCCUGCACCAGUUGAAGAAACUGGUGGUGGUGGUAGUUGGGAAACUCCCGCAGACGAUGCUGGUGGUUGGGGUGAUACAACCACCACAACCACAACUGCAUUCAAUGAUGGUUUAGAAACCACAACUACUUUCGAAACUACGAUUCGAACUACUACUGGUGGUAGUUGGGCUGAUGAACCUGCCGAAAACCCUUCUAGUGGAUGGGAUUAA